GAUGAGAAGUGAGUGAGUGUGGUAUAGAGAUGAGAAGUGAUGCAGUAUAGAGGUGAGAAGAAAGUGGCGGCAGUAUAGCUUUGUGCUGUAUGUUUAAUUUGUUAAAGCCUUUGUGUUGUGUGCAGUGAAUGCUGGAUGGUAAGGAGAAACAGACAGUGGUGAGUGGUGGUUGGUGGUGUAAUGUUCACGUCUUCUCUAACAUGUCUCUGAUGUUGUCCGGCAACUGCUGGUCCCCCGCCUCCUCUGCGGCCGAGAUGAGGGCUUGGUACGUGGCCUCUCUCCCCAUCUCCUCCUUCCAUACCUCCAGACACUCUUGUUUCUGCAGU